UGUCAGGACUAGAGUUGUGUUGUAUGCUAAAACAAUGGCGAAUGUGUACAACUAUUCUGUGGACUAUUAUGGUUUAAAAUUAUUAUUCUUUCAUCUUAAUUAAGUAAAAUUCAUAAGACCUGUAUUUAAACAAUAAUUAAUUCUUUUAUUUGAUUUUAUAUCAUUAUAUACUUAACGACUCUUAUAUUUGAUUUGUAUACACAGUCCAUAAGUUACAUUGUGGUCAUUUUUAUCUAGUAUUGCGAUUCUAGUUUCCAGUAAUUGAAAAUGAAUCGGCGACGUACGCCCAAUAAUUUUACUUACGUCAGUCCAUGUGUCAAGUACAUGAUUUUCAUAUUGAAUUUUGCAUUUUGGUUGUUUGGAGGACUCCUAAUUGGCAUAGGCACUUAUGCUUUCCUGGAUAAGUGGCCAGAUUUUACCAAUGGUCUUGUCAAGGUAGAGACAAUAUAUGAUGUCGUUCUCAAUAUUUCACUGGUUCUUAUCAUGGCUGGCGGAGUCGUAUUUAUUGUGAGCUUCUCUGGAUUUGUUGGUGCUCUGCGAGAAAAUACAUGUCUCCUAAAGUUUUACUCACUGUGUUUGCUGAUCCUGUUUCUUCUGGAGAUGGCCAUAGCAAUUAUGGGCUUUGUGUUCCCACACACUCUUCAGUCAAUACUGGAGGAAUCAUUCACAGACAAAAUCAUCCAUACAUACAGAGAUGAUGUGGACCUGCAGAAUUUGAUUGAUUUCGCUCAGCAAGAGUUCCGCUGCUGUGGACUGAGCUCGGAAGGAUACAUGGAUUGGUCUAAGAAUGAAUACUUUAACUGCAGUUCCCCCAGCGUUGAGAAAUGUGGAGUUCCAUUCUCAUGCUGCAUCAAUGCUACUGACAUUUCUAGUGGACUGGUGAAUAUCAUGUGUGGCUAUGGAGUACAAGAGUCUUCCGUAGCGGAAGCCAGCAAGAAGGUAUGGACGAGUGGUUGUAUCGAGGUGGUGCGAUCCUGGGCGGAGAGAAACCUCUACACCAUAGCAGGCAUCGCACUGGGCGUGGCCCUCUCUCAGCUCUUUGUGAUCUAUUUGGGCAAGACACUAGAGGGUCAAAUAGAGCUGCAGAAGUCUCGAUGGAACUCCUGAAAUAUCGUAGCCUACCGCCUGGGCUAGGCCAUGCCAAGGGGGUAGGCUCCCUGCUCUACCUGACACCACUACUGCUACCACCAGCAACUACUGUUACGUCUUCCCUCCAAUAUUAUAGUGAAUUUCUAUGCCAAAAGUUUUUUCAAGGAAAUUAAAAUUAAUGGUUUCAUUGGUUGUCAUUGUAGUGGAUAUUAAUGUUUAAAAAUUUGUUGCAUUAUAUUGCUUUCUGAAUUAUCAAUCAGUUACACUAUGAUGAAAAGUGUUCAAUUAUGCAUACAAAUCUCAGGACAGUUUUUUCAACAGUAGACGAGAUAUAGUUGGUGGAUCAGUGAAGUGGUGUUGUCACGAACAUUAACACCAGACUUGUGACUGAAACAUUGUAAAUAGUACGAGUCUGUGCGGACUGUGCCAGUUGCGUAUUGUGAUACAGAAUCUCAGCAUCCUACUACUCAACUUCAGUCAGUUACUGUAUAGAACCACAAUCUUUAUUACUUGUUUAUUUUACAAUAGUGUGUCUGUGGGGCAACGGAAGAGAAGGGAUGUUCAAAUGUUUUUUUUUUUUUAAUUUUGGCCUUUCUAACCUUAUUUAACAUAUAAAAGGUAACCAAAACAACCGUGUUUUGUUUCCAAAAAAGAAUAUGUUGCUUAAUUAGAGGCAAACUAGAAAAAAAUUAUAAUUUAAAACAAAAGUUGCAUGAUGAGACUGCUUAUCUUGAUGGAUGGGUGGGCAUGUAUGAUGUUAUAGGUCUUCAAUCCAGUCAUACCUCCAUUACACAUCAAGAAAAAUGCAUGCCUCUUCCUCCAAGAUAAACAGCCUACAAUCGUCUCAUCACUGCUGACAUUUCUAAACUGGUUAGGGUUGACUGGUUGGUCUCCUUAUUUCUUAUUGUCCUAAAUCUUUCAUGGUGUUUUCUGGUUUUAGUUGAUCUUUGGCUUUUCGAUAUGAAAAAUGUUCCAAAUUCUUUACUAGUUAAAAUUUAUUCCUCUACCUUCAUCAUAUAUGUUAACAUGAGUAAACAAAGGUAUGAUGUUAACACAGUAAAGAUUUAAAAUUAAAAAAAAACUGAUUCUUGCUAUGUCAGAAAACUGUGUCUUGAGUUUGAAGCUCCAAAUUGUUUUUGUCAGCAGUGAAUAUUUUAAUUAGUGUUAUUUCAAAAUUAUCAUUAUUGUUGCUUACUUCCAUAACAUCGGAAUGAGAAAAAUAAGAAAUUGGAUAAUUUAGAAGUUGUAACAUUUUAAUUUUGCUUUAUUAUAGUUACCUAUCUAUGUUUGGCUUGCACUUCUCUUCUGUUUCAAUUCUAAGAGAUAUAUUUCUAGGAAGUAGAUUUUUUACAUGAUGUGUAAACAAAUGUAUAUAUAUUUACUAACAGUGUUCUCUAGAGCGGAUUGCAUAGUAAAUGCUCGCAGGUGAUUCAGCACAAAACUGUCAAUAGGCUAACAAUUAUUUUAUGCAUUAAUUAUUAUUAUUAUUGUUGUUGUUUAAUCACUUUCUACUUGCAUUUAUUUACCUUUAGUGUUUCAUUAACUUUGCAAUGUUUAUGUAAUAUAAUUACAAAGUGCCAAGAAACCCCACUGUAACCUAAUAUUAGUUUUUACUCAUAGAUUAACAUUCUGUGAAGACAUGAAAAAAACUGUGUUCUUGGUUCUUUGUAAAUAUAAUUAAUUAAUUAAACUCAAUUUACCUAUUCAGUAAUACAUUUUUACUAUCUAAUAGGCACUCUCUUAGCUGUAACAAUUAAUAUUUCAUUAAUAUAUUUAAGUACCUACUUUAUUAUAAUGUCAAGUAAGCUUUAUCUUAUAUUUAUUUGAAUUAAUCUUUAUGCUGAAUAAAGCUUUUUUAUUAUUAUGCUUGCUGUUAGGACACUUGUUUGCAGUUAACUAAAGGUGUGAGUCGAAUUCAUAGCCUUUUAUAAAUUGCAUUAAAGAUUUGAUAAAUUAUUUUAAUAGUAAUUUUCAUUUAAAUACAAAUAAUACAUCUAACAAUAUUUGGGUUGUAAAGGGGAAAAUAACAUUUUAAAAUUUACUCUUAAAAACAUUAAACUGCCAAUAUGAUCUAAGUGACACUUGGUCAGAAAAAGUCAAGAUGUUUCUUGCAGUACCAUAGUUUAAACAUGUUUCACUUCAUUUCCCAGUUAUACCCUAUUUAUAACAAAAAGAGAUGAUUAAUUUAAUCUGAAAUCAAAGAGUACUUUUUUUAUCAUUCUUUACAAAAUUGGUUGUAAAUCAUUCAUUUGUACUAAACACUAAAAUACGUAACACUAAACAUUUAUAGUUUGUACUUUCCUUUAUGCUAAGUGUUUGCCAUAACAUUAUGACAAAAUAUAGUGAUUUUUUGAGAUGCAUUUAUAUUUUUAAGGUUACCAUUAUUCAUGUAAAACUGUCACAAUAUGAAUAAAAUCCAUGACACUUCAAAAUACUCUGAAAGUGCUCUGGCAUCUUUGUAAGUUAUAAUUAACUUAAAUAACAACAGUAGUGUUGAAUUCAAAUGAUGUGUAAAUAAAAAUAUGCUAAUAUUUAUAUUAUUGAAAGAAGUGUUACUUCUGUAAAAUAUUAUUUAGUUACAUUAAAUGUACAAAAACCUACUUUGCGACUUUUUGAAAUAUUUUGAAUGUGGUCAUUAAAAGAUAUUUUGAGCCUAUGAAACUAUUUUUAUGUAUUCCUGAAACUUAACAUUAUUAAUGAAUCUUACAUAAUUCUCAUUAUUUUAAGUUGUUUUGUUUUGAAGAGUUAGUAAAUUGUUUAGUAAGUACAACAUCAAUUUUAAAUAUAUAGUUUAAACAUGGUGUAUUCAUGUAUGUGCUAAAUCUGUGUACAUAAUGUAAUAUUGUAAUGUAAAAUGAUGUCCAGUUAAUUGUAAGAUUGUUUUUAUCAGACAAAAUGACCAAUAUGUGGUAUAUUUACAAUAAAAAUGAUUACUUGCAUAGAAUAAAUAACGUCUAUAUUUUAAUACA